UCCAGCAUCGAAUAACCCAGCCCUGCACAUCUCGCUUUGUCAGGCACCUUAGAAAUAUUAGGAGCUUCGCAUCCUUAAGUGGACCAAGAGCAUCAUCGGACCAGUAACUGUGGGCUGUGCAGAUCGUUGUUGUGCUCCACUUUCUCAUUGAUUUGAGGAUGGAAUUGAGUCGCAGAUGGACAUAUUACUCCCUGUGCGCUUGUGAGCCAAUGUGACUGCGGGCUGAGGCCGGUACGCCCUCCAUGGAUGAUGGUCCCAUUCUCCGCUCUAAUAACUGUUCCCCUCCCUUCAACGCGUCCUGCUGGGGGUUCGCCGACUUCGGGAACCCUUGCCCGGCCUCGGCGGCGCUCACCGGUUUCCUGGUGGCUUCCUACUGCGCCGUCCUGGUCUUUGGGCUGCUGGGGAACAUCUGCCUGAUCUGCGUGAUCGCCAAGCAGAAGGGCAAAAGGAACGUGACCAACACGCUGAUCGCCAACCUGUCAUUCGCGGACAUCAUGAUCGACGUCUUCUGCCUGCCCUUCACGAUAGUCUACACGCUGAUGGACUAUUGGGUCUUCGGCCAGCUUUUGUGCAAGGCGGUUCCCUUCGUCCAGUGCCUGUCCGUGACUGUGUCCAUUCUCUCUCUGGUGGUCAUCGCCUUGGAAAGGUAUCAGCUCAUUAUCAACCCCACGGGCUGGAAGCCAAGCGUGCCCCAGGCUUAUCUGAGCAUGGUGGCCAUCUGGGCGGUGGGGUGCCUCGUUUCCCUGCCUUUCCUGAUAUUCCACGUGUUGACAGAUGAGCCUUUGGCGGACAUCGGGGAUCCCAUCGCGCCCUCGUUCACUCAGCCAAUCUGCAUGGAAUCGUGGCCCAGCAGGCAGCAGAAGCUGAUCUACACGACUUGGCUCUUCGCCUUUCAGUACUGCGCGCCGCUCGCCUUCAUUGCCGUGUGCUACGGAUGGAUAUACGCCAGGCUGAGGACCAGGAAGGACUUGCUGGGCAAAGCCGGCGAAGUCCGAAGACCCAGGGCGUCGAAGGUCAGGAAGGUAACCGCGAUACUGGGCCUGCUGGUCCUCGGAUUCGGACUUUGCUGGCUGCCGCUGAACGUGUUCAAUCUCAUCGCGGACUGGGACCUGGAGGCGGUGAUGACCUGUGACCACAAUCUCAUCUUCUCCCUGUGCCACCUGGCCGGGAUGGCUUCCACCUGCAUCAACCCUGUGGUCUACGGCUUCCUCAACAAUAACUUCAAGAAGGAGCUGUGGGCCAUCAUCGUCCAUUGCGACUGGGGGAGGCAUGAAGACUGCGAACACUUUCCGCUGUCCACCUUGAACACCGAACUCUCCAAGACCUCGCUGCGACUGAGUUGCACGAGUAACGUGCCAUGAUUAGGCGCUGGUUGCCAUCUCUGUUUGACAGGCAAAGGCAUGCUGCCUCGCAAAGAGAGCUCGCACACUUUGGCCGUUUUCACAGACAAACAUCGAGCUUGGAGCUACCGCAUGUAAACAGGCUUUUACCGAAUGCAUCACCGAUCGAUCACCCGUUACCACUGGUUUAAGGGUUAUCCCACUUUCUCAUCCGCUCCCCAAGCAUUAGGGACCGUUUUACCGAGGCAAAUUCGCCCUUAAACCCGCACAUCUUCGAGAUGUGGCAAGCAAGACAUUGGUAAGGCCGCGCUGGGAGCAUUAUGUUCUUCUUUAGUCCGAGGGUGGUGAAUCUGUGGAAUUCUUUGCCACAGACGGCUGUGGAGGCCAAGUCAGUGGAAAUGUUAAGGCGCAAAU